AUGGCGAGUUUAAUGGAGUCCCGGUGGGCGGCGACGCCAGAACCAUCUAAUGUAAAUCCGCUGGAGCAUAGCACUCCGGCAAAAGAGACCACAGUGGUAGAACCGAAGAGUAUGAUGUCUUCGCGGUGGGCGGAUACGCCCGAACCAGAGGAUGAGCUUGAGAUGAAAAUGGAAGCGGAGAAAAAAGUUGGUGAACAGGCGUCAAAAUUGGAAAAAGGGACAGAGAAAGCAACGGAAGAAAAUGUGUUGGGUGGUGAGAAGGAGUCCGCCAGGCAACGUCAGGGGGACAAUGGCUCGAGACUAGAGGCAGAUAUGAGCAUGCCGGAGGAGCGAGAAGUYGAUGGGCCUACCAUGCCGAAACAGAGCUUGUCUGCGGAGAUCACCAGCCCAGCAUUGGACCAGUCUCCGCCUGUCCAGGUGAACGAGACGAGCGUCGAUCUGGCGGCAAACACCAAACGUCUGGAGCCGCCACGCCUUAAGAAGCGAGUGAGUUGGCGUGGCAGGAACAUUGUCAUUGCGAUACCACGAUUCGACUAUGAAGCCGCCGGGAUCGCGAAGCCGAUGAGUAAAGCUGAUGUUGAUGCGCGGCUGCAGCAGUUUGAAAAGGGAGGAUACAGCACCGCAGGAUACGAUCUGGCCGACGAUGAGCCUCUGACUGGAGGACGCGCGCAGGUGAGGGCCAUUUUUCCCGACGAGGGCGAUGCACGUAAGCUACCGAGCAAAGAAGAUGUCAAAGUCAUGCUUCCAGACCUUGAGAAAUGGAAGAGAUAUAUGGACUGGCUCACCGAGCAGAAAUUGGCAGCUUUGGGUGUCACACUUGGGUUUGACGAGCCAGCGCAAGAUGCAUCAAUGUCAAGACAACCCUCAGGCCAGUACCCUCCGUUGCCGUUCUCGCCACCCCUCCCAACAGGUUCUGGCAGCAGCAUGGGCCGGCCGAUGGGACGUGGCCACUCACAUGCCAUGUCCGUUGCUUCUCCCUCUUCACCUAUGGGCGGUGCCUUUGGACACAUGCACAGACAUUCCACGUUUACGGGAGCUCCCCUUAAUAUGCAACAGCUGUCGCACCAGCCCAUGAUGUCACCAGGGAUCCCUGGGAUGCCAAACUUUGCACAGCAGCAGCAAUUCGGUUUCCCUGGCGUGACGCGUGGUGGUUCCCCUGCCCAACUCACCGCUCUCAGAAAUGAUCUUGGUGCAAUGCGAGGACCGGGUUCUCCGCUGAGCCAACAAGUUUUGCAACAGACGCCACAAGACUACAGCCGAAGACUAGCUGAAGACCAACGGCAAAGACAGCACGCGUACUCACAGUCCAUGUAUCAGCCGUCACUGCCGCCAUCUUUUAUGCAGAACUCGCACAUGCGACUCACCCCAGCUGCUCUUCCUGAAUUGCCAGAAGACGACGACGAGGAAGAACUGCGAGAGCCUGAUGAGCAGGAACAGCAAGCGUACAUUCCUCCAGCAAAGCGUGUCCAGGCUGACACCGAGAUUGCUGUCCCCACACCACGAGGCCAUCGCCACAACAUUAGUGAGGGUCUCGAGCGUGAGCUUCUCGAGGCUGAGCAGCGCCAACAGACUGCCAGCCGGAACUAUUUCGAGGUUAAAGCAGAAGAAGAUCGUCCAUCCGUAUCGAUUCCUUCAAAGAACGGUGCUGGCAAUCCCACUUCCCUGCCUCCUCUCCCCAGGUCCAUUGAGACGAACCCGAUUGGCUCGAACUACCCAAUUCAAGARAAUGCGCAUGGACGGAAGAAGAGCGCCUCUCGGUUUAACGUUGCUGCGCCUGCUUUCACGUUCAACCCUGGUGCAACUUUCAAGCCUGGGCAAUCCGAGUUCACUUUUGGAGCUUCAGCUCCCAACCCUCCUGCGCCUGUAUCAUCAAACCACAAUCGUCAUCGAUCGUCUGGCUCUUUCAACGCUAAUGCGCCUGCCUUCCUGCCGACCACUUCCGAGUUCAGCUUUUCAGCUUUGGGCCCGGCAUUUACAGCAGACCAGCCCGUGGCAAAACGCACGCCGACCAAAGGAGACACGAUUGUGGACAAGCUCCCCGGCAUCUUCAGCAAAAUCAACAUUCCUGACAUUAUAAAGCCUGCCAGGAGAUCGAAAGCAAUUCCAAUCCUGCGUCCAGAUGAACGGAGCCAACAAUCUGCCAGUGGUUCCGCAACAGAGUAUGAGGAUGAUGAGGGCCGGGUUGCCCAAGGCGAGGCUAAGCGGAAGCAGCAGCGCAAGGCUGUUGACGAUGGGGAUGAUGUACCUAUGUUUGCCGAGCCGACUCCAAUCGCUGUUCAAAUCAGGCCACCGCCCCCCGAGAAAGUGCUGGGCUCAAAUGAUGGCGCCACCUUGCCAGUCUUGCGUGAAGCAGAGGACGAGAUCAACGAUGCUGAUGAGAAGGCAUCGAUGAUCAGUACAUCAGUCGCGGAAACGGAAGUUGUGGAGGCUUCCAAACCUCCAGGACAAGCACAGGUACAAGCGGGUGCUCCUCCUGAAAAGCAGACCCAUUCUCACAAGCACUCGACAUCUCUAUCUGCACUUGCAGCACCGUUCCAGCCUCCACUAUCGGCGUCUACCGCGGCUGACUCUUUGCACAAGUCCGACGUCGAUGCUUACAGUUCCAUAAGCGAUCUUGAAGAGGGCGAGAUCAGAGAGGAUGAGCCGUCACUGGGCGCACACGAUGACCGUUCAUCAGCGGCCGGACGUGGCUUCGCGCCAACUCAAGGCCCGUUCACAACCAUGAACAAUGGACUUGACAUUUCUGCGCCUCAGACGGAACCRUCAUUCGACGAGAUUGAUGCUGUCAUGCAACAGCUCAACGCUCAGGAGUCGGAAGAUAAGGAACAGCAGUCGCCUUUGCGAUUGCCAAGCCCCGGAUCUCAUCCCAUGAAAGGUGUUACCUAUCUCGCAGAGUGGGCUCGCAGUGAUGGGCCUAGCCCCAGCCCUCGACGUCGUCUCAUGCAGACUAAUGGGGAUCUCGACGGCUGGCAAGUGCGCCAGCUUAACAGAGCUGAAGAGGUCCCCACUAGCGAUUGGUCUGGCAUGUUGUCACCUCCAGAUGAAGAAAAGCUGCACCAGCGAAGCCACUUCUUCGAUGAUCACAUCGCUGAAUUGAUUGGCCGCGCUCUGGAACAGCGCCUCCUUCCACUGGAAGAGAACCUCCGUAACAUACACAGUACGGUCAGCAAACGUGACACAUCAACUGAACUUCAACUCAAGCGGCGGUCAUCCAACGCGGAGAGCGACGCUGACGAUGAAGAUGACUUGUCUGAUGAGCUCAGGCAACGGCCCAUCUCCCGCGGUCGCGAUAAGCGUGUAGACCAGAUCAAGACCGCAGUUCUGGAGGCAUUGAAGGAACAGAGUCCCGCAAGAUCCCAGACCGCGGUUGACAUUGCAGAGCUUCAUUCUGCUCUGGCGGAUAUGAAGGUCUCGUUUGCUCGGGCUGCAUCAGCAAACCUCGAACUCGAUGACAUUCGCGCCAUUGUAGAGGAAACCGUUACGAGGCAGAGUCAAUCUCAAAGUCAAGCUCUCAUCACUGCAACAGACCAAGAAGGAGAGCAGGUGCACAAGCGUGAGAUGUCCGAGUUGCAGAAACGCCUGGAUGAGACGCUUGCAGGCGCUCUGGAGGAGGCAAACCAGAGACGUGCCGUAGAGGAGCGUGAAGCUGACGCGAGGCGUCAACUACGUCUUGCGCAAGAAGAGCUACAGCUGCUACGUGACUCUGCCCGUGACGAUGAUUCCAAAUCGCGGGCUAUGGAGUCGGAGCGAAAGGACCUGCUCAACCGCUUGAAUCGCAGCGAGGAGCUGCGUCGUAAUGCUGAGGACAAGUCAGAGGACUCUGAGGCGCAGAAUGGUGCACUCCAGGCCACUCUGGAAGAGUACCGCAUGUCUAGCAAGAAAUGGCGGGAAGACAUUGAGGAUGGCAAGCGCGUGCGUGAAGAGCUCGAAAACACUCUUUCCAUGGUAACUCGUCAAGCCGAAGACAACCAAGACUCGACCAGCAGCAUGAGACGGCGUCUUGAGAAGCUUCAUGCCGACAUGGCGACAGCUUCUGGCCAGCUUGCUAGUGAGAAGGCCAUGUGGAAGUCCAAGGAGGAGGACUACCGCGCUCGCRUCGAAUCUCUGGAAACACAGCGAGCUAUGGCUGACAGGGAGCGCACGCAGGUCGAGGAUGAGCUACGUACGGUUCGGAUCUCUGCUCUUGAAGCAUCCGAGGCUCGUCACACCCUUGAGCACGUACGUGCAUCCAAUAUGUCUUUGGAUGAGAUGAUGCGCAAGCUUCAGAAUGACUUGACGGAGCAGCAGGCUUUGGCUUCUCGUUUUGAACGUCAAUUCCAUGAUGCUCAAGAGUCAGGAAGAGCCGAGGUGCACCGCACGCGCAUGUCGCUCGAAACAGAGGUCGAGGCUGCAAACCACCAGGUGAACGUUGUGCGUGCUGAGCUUGAAGCAGAGUUGGCCAAAGUCCGCACAGAUUUCGACAAUGUGAAGAUGGAGGCAGAAACUGCCAAGGCUCGCCACGAGCACCUCCUCGAACAAGAAGAGACUGUGAGACGGGAAGCGUUGCGCAAAGUCAACCAUUCGAGCAGCGUAGCUCUCGACGAAGCUCGGCACAAGUAUGAGUCUUCCAUCCAGGAUCUCACCGCCCAGCACACGCGAGCCUUACAGCAUGCUAUCGAGGAUAAGACGCGUGCCGAGACCUUCCUCGGUGAAAGACUAGCGUUAUCCGACGCCAAACUACAGCAUUUCCAGGAGAGGGUUGCUCACCUCGAGGAGAGGCUUGAGGUGACAAAAUCUGCUGCCCAGGCUGCUGCGCAGAACGCCAAAGGCUCAAAGCACGGUGCUCCAUCACCUUUCUUAGCUGCAGUGCCGGAGAAGGUAUCGCCCCAAGCACUUCGGGAGUCCAUCCUUGUUCUACAAGAGCAGCUGCAGGAGCGUGAACUACGCAUCGAGCGCCUGCAAAUCCAAGUGGAAGAAGAGGAUGUGGCCAAGCUGAAGGAGCGUGAUGCCGAGAUUGCUUGGCUACGAGAGCUCCUGGCAGUGCGCAACGAAGAGCUAACCGAUCUUGUCAACACCAUUUCUCGGCCAAACUUCGACAGAGCAGCAGUAAGGGAUACCGCCAUUCGUAUUCGUGCAAAUCUACAAAUGGAGCAACAGGAGAAGGAACGCUUUGGUCGAUCGCCCAAGAAUCAGGUGGGCUCCGCACUGGCAAGUCUGACGAGCCUUGCAACUCCCAAAGCGGCCCAGUUCAGCUCUGCGUUCAACAAAUGGCGCGCGACAAUGGAAAGUUCUUCUCUAAAGACGCAGCAGCGAGCCGGUCCUCCACGCAGGUCCUUAACCCCGUCGAAAAUGACUUCAAGCGCGCCUCCUGCGGGCUAUCAUGAUGGCCUCAUGACGCCGCCUGCGAGUAACGUCCGCAGCUCGCCAAUCCCAGAGGACAUGAAUUCGCUGCCACCACCAAGGCUUCAUCCCCGGGCCGGGUCGAAUGCCUCCGUACAGAGCUCCUCCAAGAGUGCAAUGGAAGCCUCGAAACCUGUCAGCAGGAAAUCCUCCGCAACAUCUGAUCCUCCAACCACUCCGCUAUUCCGUGAGCAUUCAUACGACCAGGAUGCCGAAGACAGCGCAAUUACCAUGCAGAAUUUUGAAGACGAUGAUCUUGACGGCGUCGCAGACUCUGAUGGGCCUCCUGCCUUUCGAAGUCUGGAAUCCGAGCUUGAGGAGCCUAUAGCGACAAUUGAGACCGCCGACUGA